GCCCUGCCCCAGUCACUCCCUAUUGGUCGCUCAAUGCGAAGAUCUCCCACCCAGUUGACCUUUUAAACAACUCAUCUGCCAAUAGUUGUCAGAUCCUUCAACCUUGGAAGACUGUAUCGCGCGACGAUCAUCAACACUAGGCGCUGAACAUGGGUUCAUGCCAAGUGAAGACGAAGACGUGAACAGCAGCCACCAAGAUGGAGAACCGGCCGACCAAGGGCCCUAUUUGUGGCGUCGAAAACUGCCGAUCGCGAAGCUACGAGGAGGGCGAAGAUGGAUUUCUGUACUGCCAGAAUGGACAUCGGCAGCACGGAUUGGUGCGCGGAGAUGACGACGAUGACUUCUCCACGAAUGCUUCCAGGACGAUCACGCGCAAGAAGAGAGAUGCCGGUGAGAGCGAGAAGCGGGUAGCUAAAAAUUUUAGUGGCCGACGAGCCUUCGAUCUGUAUCUGAAGUCCGUACAGCUUAUCCUGAGACAUCAAAUCUGGUUUUUAGUACAAGAAAAGGGUCUUCCGGCUGAACUUGAGACAGUCGUCUUCGACCUCUGGGCUUUGCGCAUUGCGCAAUUUGGCGACAAGAUUGCAAGCAACAACGCAGAGUCCGAUUCGCAGUCUCAGUCCCAGGUCUUCAGUACCUUGGAAAGCGAGGACAGCGAAACAACGGACAACGAGCGCGGCCUACAUAAAAGGCCACAAGGAAGAGACAGGAAGCUCGCCGGCGCGCCCAAUCUCAAUGACUGCCUUGCGCUAUGCUAUCUGGGUAUCCUGACCCUGCGACUCCCGAUUACGCCCGGUGAUAUCUAUGCAUGGGUUACCGACGGCAAGAUGCCUUAUAGGAGGGCGAUAAAAUAUAUUCCACUCACUAUGAGAGACCGAUUACCACCACCAUAUCAUGCUGUCUUGGACCCGAACACGUUUUUCAAAUACAAGCGCUUCUAUACUACGGUUACAGAUCUGCAGAUUAGCUUCGAGAAAGACCAUGGGAUUCUAUGGCCGGCGCUUAACGUCCCGCUACUUCUCUUCCGCUACCUCAAAGAGCUUGCUUUACCUCUGGAGCUGUACGAUGCCACGAUUCGACUGAGCCAUAUACUAGAUCACGACUUCGUGUUACAUCAAAACGGCAACAAGAGGCUUGGGAUCCGAUAUCUACCCGAGGGACAGCUCAUUGGGUGUCUCAUUGUAUGCGUCAAGCUACUGUACCCUUUGGACGGCGAACAAUGCUGCCCCAUAUCGUCUUCGGAACCCACUUCGACCGUUUUGGAUUGGAAGGUUUGGUGCAGGCAGAUGGAGCUUGCCAAGGCGAAGCAGCGAGGGGGUGUCGAGCGCUUCACACCUAACGAGUUGAUGAAGCUCGAAGAUAAGGACGUCUUCUCUAUGCGAUCCGAUCACCUAGAUCAGUACCUCGACUUUUAUGCCGACACCUAUCUCGACGAUGCAGAGGUACAGCGAACGAAGGAUAAUGACGAAUUUCGCAAUGCGCUAUACGAGAUGUUUCCUAUUGAUGGCAAAAGAGAGCACACUGCGGAUCAACUGUCUGACGGACUGUCGUUCCAGGAUAAAUUAGAUGUGGUCAAGGCGGUACAUGGUGCUAUGAUUUCAGCGCCCACCAUGGGGAAUGAAGCGGCCGAGAUGGCAACCCUGAGACCGGGACAAGGAUAUCGGGUGUGGAAGAAAGAGCAAGAUCUCCCUGAGCAGGCGAACGCCUUCUUCGAGGAGGCUGCGAAGCUAGUAGGGCUGUCGAUGAGUAUGCUCGUUAUGGCAGUCUUCUCUACUGAGGCGAGGAUCGAGCAAUGGCGGAGGAAGCAGAUGAGGCGGCAAAAGGCCAACGAUAUGGAGAUUGAUAGCUGAGGCAAAACUAGUGCAGCACUAUGUAGACAACCACCGCCGUAGUUACUCAUUACCAACUGAACUGUUCAUUGUACCCUUACAUCCGAGCUAGCGCCGACGGUGGGCAGGGAUUAAUGGUGAAGG